GUAAUCACAAGGAAAGUUUUUUUGUAAAAAAUUGCAAGAAAUCGCAAUUGAUUUGUGUAAUCAGGUAAAAGAAACCGAAAUCGUAUAAUUAUACAAAUUAUCGUGUAAUCUGGCAACACUGCUCCGGCGUUAUUUAUCUGUCGAACUACGUUGGUCACAUGACCCACGCUGGCCGCCAUUUCUCUGUAUAAACAACGGCCGGGACGUUAGUGUGUGUGUCUUAGCAUUUUCUGUUGUAAAAUUGUGAAGUUAAUAUUCAAAAAUGUCCGAAGUCGAAGCAAAUAACACGAAUAACUCAGUUACUGAGGAAAACAAUCAGAAUGAGAAAACCCCAAAAGGUAAAAAGUCCAAGUCACCCAGAGUGUCUACUUUAGACAGAACAAGGGAGGAAAGUGAGGCCAUAACAAAGGGAUUGGGACCUGAAGUAGAGGGCAGACGUCGUACGCGAUCGGCAGCAAAAGGAGUAGUACCUGCCACUCCCCCACCCCCUGCAAAGAAAGAACGUAAGAGUUCUAGCGCCUCGAAAGGACGUGGACGGCCAAAGAAGAGUGUGGAGGUUGAGAAUGAAAAUGACUCCCAAGAUGAAAACAAAGAGGAAGUUUCCAGUAUGGAAACAGAAGAAACAGACAAAAAAAAUAAUGACGAUGCAAAAAGUGAUAAUGAUGCGACAGAACAUAACUCCCAUGAUGAUAAAGAAGAGCCAGCCAAUAAUAACGCAGAAGCAGCUAAGGAAAACGAGGCGACCGAAAAUGGUGCCAAAGAAGAGGACAGUGCGGACGGCGCAGCUGGUGAAGCUGCAGCAGCAACGGCGGAAGACGCAAAGAAAGAAGAAAACGACGCAGACGCAUCAGCGACGGAUGCCGAAAAACCUGCCGAGUAAAUGAGUUUUAUAAGUUUUGAUUUUUUUAUUGAUACUAUUGUAGGUUAUAAAACUAUUAAAAUAAUUUUUUUGUAACAUGAGGACGUUUAUUUAAAAAAUACUUUGUGAUUUGUUUCUUGUAUAAUCAGUCAACUAAUAAGUCUUUAUUAUUAUUAUUAUUAAUAGUGUGUGAAUGCAUCUUCUAGAUAAUCACUGUUGCCAGUGUUAGGUUAGUGCCCAUUCUUUUGUACAUUUGUUUUUAACUUUGGUUAUCGAGAACAUGCCAUGUUUUCAUUGACAAAGUAAUUUUUUAAUAAAUGCUGAAGUAGGGAAGUACAUAUUCCAUAUGUACCUGAAUCUCCAUCAUAGAAACUUUUAUUCUUUUCAUCAUAAUGUUUCCCUACAGAUUAUUGUUAGAGAUUUUAUUUAGAUAUAUUCUUCAAAGUAUCGUUUUUGUAUCAUCAUCACAAAAAGCAGAACAUUUUCCAUAUUUCCCAAUAAGUUUCAAAACUCUGCCCCAGACAAUUUAAUUUUGUAUUAACUGUAUUUUUAUAAAAGUGUAGUAAUAUAUUUUAUUUUAUUUUGAAUUCUUUUUGACAUAUUUAUGUAAUCUUCUGUAAUGGCUGAAUGUGAAAUAAAUUUUCAUUAGACAAUUCAUUAUUUUUUGUUUUAUAAUUGCGUCCCUUUUAUACAGGGUGUCCGAAAAUGAAGCACACAAUAGAGGUACUUCCUGUUUGGUUUUGUAUUAUUUUUUUAACAUGCAAGUUAAAAAAACCAACAACACUGUAGUUAUCAAAUUAAUAAGUAACAGUUGCCCACAACUUUGUUUUAAUAUUUGAAAUUUCAUUAUAAAUAAUUUUGUAUAUGGGUUAUUCCACCAAAUAUAUUUUUUUGAGUAUGACCCCGCGGAUUUUUUAAAAAUUGUAUGGAAUUAUUAUUUACAUCAAAAAACGAUUCGCUAUUAAUAUUAAGUUAUGAAUUAAAAAAGUCUUUGUUUUUUAAAUGUCUGUAACUUUUUCAAAAAUUGACAUAUUUUCAACUUUUUUUUUAUGUACUUUUCAGAAAAAUAUGGUAAAAAUUGUGCAAACCUAUAUUCAACGUUUUUUUCUUUUCUUAUAAGAUAUCUAUAGAUACUAACAUUUUCUGUUCUUUGAAAUUUUCAUAGUGUCGUUUUUUAUUUUUUUUUUCAAUAGAAAAAAAUGCUUUUCUGGCUUAUUUGUCAUAAAACCCCUCUGAGAAUUUUUGAGAAUGUAGAGAGAACCUCAAAUUUAAAAAAAUAUAUUAAAUGAAUGAGUAAGAAUAGUAGUAAAAUAAGUCUGAAAUUUUUUUUUAAAAAAGCAAGGAAAAUAAAAAUUCAUUCCUUUUUUUUUGAACUUUGUGGUUAUCUAAAUCCUCAAAAUGUUAAUUUUUUUCAAUUAAAAUAAAAAAGGAAAAAGCGCCAGUGAAAAUUUCAGAGAAUUUGCUGAAAAUGACAAUCAUCAAGAAAUUUUCAUCAUUUGGAAAAAUAAAAAAAACGAAUAUUUUUUUUCUACAUUUUUCACAUUUAAAAACAUAAAUUUUGAAAAAAACGUCCCUAAGGGUCAAUGUUUGAAAAAAUUGUGGAAAUUUGAAAAAUAAAGUGCCACUUUUUUGAAAAAAAACCUUUUUUUCGGUUGGUUUGUGAUAAGUUUCAACCCAAUCAAAAGAGGUCGGGGUCAAAAUUAACAACUUACAAUAAUUAAUUUAGUAUUUGAUUGUAUUUUAACAAAAAAUAACCCUGUCGUGAAAAUUACAUAUUUUAUGUAAAAAAUUUCAGCUUCAGAAAAAAAUGGCAAAAAAGUACUGUUUGUAUUUUUAUUAAACAUUUCCUACAUAAAAAAAGUCAACAUUUGAAAGUCAUUCAUGUCCACAAAAUUCAAACAAAAAUCUGAAAACCUGAAAAUAUUUUGUGAAAUGACCCAUAUUUAAAACAAUGGUGUUUUAAUUAUAUUUUUUGGACUUUGUGCACCAUUUUCUGGAAACUAAAAUAUAAAAACUUUAUUACAUUUUAGAUUCUAAAACAUGUAAAUAAAUGUAAAUAUUUUUGCAAGUGUCCAUAUAUUAGUCCUUUAAGGUAAGAUAUAUUACACACAAAAUGAUAAAAACUAGUAAGUUGUCAACGUUUUAAAAAAGUAAUUGUAAUAAACGAAGAAACAUACCGACCCAUUUAGCUUAUUUCGUAAUUUAAAAAAACUAGUUAUACUUAAUGUUAUGCACAUUCAAAAACACAUGAUCAUUUGCAUUAAUAUUUAAAUAAUAUACUUACAUAUAUGAUAGUUGAUCUUAGAGAUAAUAAUUUAGACUUUUAUUUCUAGGGAAAUACUUAGAUUGUAUCUUAAUUUCAAUUAAUAGUCCUACAUACAAAUUCACUACCUACUCAAAACAAUUAUUGUAAACUAAUUACAGUAAUUGUUUUUGAAUGUAAUUAGGUUAUCAACGAUAUUUUUGGAGUAGAUAAAAAACAUAAUAUGUACCUACUUUUCUAUGUUUAUAUAAAAUUGUAAGCUUUUUGGUUAGGUAGUGUUUCAAUUGCAAUUUAUGAAUUUUUG